AUGCUGGAGCAACCUGGUACUUCGGCCUCCACCUCUAGCCUGAGUAGCGCGCAGCCUGGCAACAGUGCAAGUAAGCGACCCAACACGCACUCACAGUCAGCCCGCAACAAAAAGUCUGCACCCAGUGCCGUCAAGGGUAGGUCCUCUGCCACUAGGUCUAACCGCUCUGCCCCACAGCGGGAAGAGAUAUAUGUCCCUAGUGUUUUUCAGGAUCCCUCCUCUCAAAAUACGCCCUCUGAAGGCAGUUCAGCUUCAUCCUCAGAGGAGGCCCUGCCACAGUCUGAAGCUUCCGGAAAUGCAGGACAGGCCCCAGCAGCCACCGAACAACAGGGAGGAAAAAGGAUGGCGAAGAAAAAACACACAUCAAAGAAGACCAAGAAGAGCAAGCGUUCCGACACCGAGGAGGAAUCAGGUACUUCUUCUUCAGAUUUUGAUAGCGAUGCCCCCCUGGAGGCUUAA